CUACUGAUAGUGAGGGACACCUGACUAAAAACUCUACAUAGCCAUUAUAAAUUGUCCAUACACUCCCAUAGAGAUAGCACGUAGGCACAUCGGACAGACAGAGGGAGCUGAAUAAAAUCCCUAUUUAAAGAUGUUGACCUCUCGAGCACUCGUGCGCGGGCUGAAGAGCGGAUUUUGGAGACCACUUUCAUCUACCAGCAGCGUGCAGGCUGCUCAUGGAAAAGAUAUGAGCCCUGAUGUGCUUGACCCCUCGGUGCCACAGUACAACAACCGCCUAGACACUCCUCUCUCUGACGUUCCAUUCGUUAGGAACCUCAACUCAGAGCAGAGGCAGCUCAAGGAGAAGGAGAAGGGACCCUGGACCAAGCUCACCAAGGAGGAGAAAAUUGCAUUGUACCGUCUGACCCAUGAGCUGACCUACCCUGAGAUGAGGAGAGGCUCCAGUGAGUGGAAGACGGUACUGGGAGGGGUCUUCAUCUUCCUGGGCUUCUCUGGCAUGCUGGUCUGGUGGCAGAGGAUCUAUGUGUUCGGCGAGGUUCCUCACACUCUGUCUGAUGAAUGGGUGGAGAAGCAGACCCAGAGAAUGAUUGACAUGAGGAUAAACCCCGUCGGUGGGUUCGCCUAUCACUGGGACUACGUGAAGAAGCAGUGGAAAUAGGAACUUGUGUGUAUAUGAGCCGUUUUUGUCGCGUUAGUUCACUCUAAAUACAAAUGAACAUGAUUUUGCCAGUUCCCUUGGUUGUAGUUAAAAGGUAAGUGGGAAAUCAUGUUAAUUUGUAUUUCGAGUGAACUAUCCCUUUAAGUGCCUCAGUAACAUUGCUUUCACUUUCAGGGCUGAACAUCUAUUCUUAUUUUAAGAUGGAUUCAUUCUAUAAACCAAAUAAACAUAUACUGUGACCAA